AUGGCAGCCGCGUCCUCCACCCCGCUGCUGCUGCUGCUGCUGCUGCUGGUCACGUGCGCGGCCCCUGCUACACUCUUCCUCAACGAGGGCGCCGCCUGCUGGGACGACGCGUCCGCCGCCCCCGGCACCUGCCGCAGGGUGCGCCACUGCCGCAGCGCGCUCCGCGCCAUCCUGGAGCGCCGGCCGCUGCCUCGCCGCUGCGGCUUCGUCGGCUUCGACGAGGUCGUCUGCUGCACGGACGACCGGCGCGACGAGUGCGACGGCGGCGUCCCGGCGGACGGCUGGGGUCGGCACGACGGCGGAGACGACGACGUCCGGGACCCGUACGGGGACGCCGGUGACAACGACGUCUGGGCAGAGGACGGCCGCGCGGGGCUAGAGGACGAACGGCCCAGUGUAGCAGCCUGCCGCAAAUACAAAAACGAGCAGAGCGGCCCUGAGUUCUACAUUCUCCUAGGCAAACUGGUUGGCCAACUCGAAUUGCCACACAUGGCGGCGCUGGGUUACAACCUGCCGGACACGGAGGGCCUCAGCUGGCUGUGCGGAGGGACCCUCAUCAGCGACCGGUUCGUCCUCACCGCGGCCCACUGCUGCGCCAACAGGGUCACGGGCACACCGGUGACAGUACGCCUCGGGACGGUCGAUCUGACGUCCACAGGAGAUUAUGGCGCAGACUACGGGAUCUCAGAAGUCGUGCUGCACCCCAGCUACAGGAAGCGACAGCAUUACAGCGACGUAGCGCUGCUGAGGCUGGACAGGAGGGUGGAGUUCAGCGACGCCGUCUUCCCCGCCUGUCUCAACACGCAGGACGGAGACCCGCCGAGCUUCACUGCCGCCGGCUGGGGAGCCACGAACGCUGGAGAUUCUGGAGGACCUCUGGUCAUGGGGAAGUCGGCGCCUUACACGGUUGUAGGCAUCACUAGUAUGGGUCCAAAACCGUGUGGAGGUAAUGUGCCUAGUAUUUACACCCGUGUGUCCGAUUACAUUGACUGGAUAGAAGAUCACGUGUGGCCCUGA